AUGCCAACUCACAAAGCUUUUGAGACAGCGGGCAAGAGUCCGGGUCUUCAGAUUUGGCGUGUGGAGAAAUUGGACCUGGCAGAGGUUCCUAAAGAGAUGCACGGGUGCUUCUACAUGGGAGACUCCUACAUCGUUCUCUACACCAGCCUCAGACCGUCUUACAACGUGCACACCUGGAUCGGCUCGCAGACGUCCCAGGACGAGAAGGGGGCAGCGACCAUUUUCAUGACGCAGCUGGACGACGCCUUGGGCGGCGCCGCCACGCAAUACACCGAGCACCAGAACGAAGAAUCGCUCACUUUCCUGGGCUACUUCAAAAAGGGUCUCAAGUACCAGAAAGGAGGCGUGGCUUCCGGCUUCCGAACGGUAGUGCCCAACGAAGAAAACGUUCAGCGUCUGCUGCACGUCAAAGGUCGCCGGCAGGUGCGCGCCACCGAAGUGGACCUGAGCUGGGCCAGCUUCAACAAAGGAGACUGCUUCAUCAUCGACUUGGGCAAGGACAUCUACCACUGGGCGGGCAGCGAAUGCAACCGGUACGAGCGUCUGAAGGCCACGCAGCUGGCCGUGGACAUCCGAGACAACGAGCGCAGAGGCCGCGCGGAGCUCCACCUCAUCGACGAGGGUGAGGAGCCCAAAGAGGUCAUCAAGGUCUUAAAAGAGAAACCCGAACUGCCUCCGGGAAGCGCUGACGUGACCCAGAUGCAAACCUCCAAAAGUCAGGCGUCCCUCCACAAGGUGUCGGACGCUUCUGGCAAGAUGACGCUGACAGAGGUGUCCAAGAAGAACCCGUUCAAGCAGGAGAUGCUCAAAUGCGAGGACUGCUACAUCCUGGACAACGGUCUAGACCACAAAAUCUUCUUCUGGAAAGGUCGCAAAGCCAACCCCAAAGAGCGCAAGGCCGCGCUGACCUACGUGGAUCAGUUCAUCAAGGAGAAGAAUUACACCAACAAGUGUCAGGUGCAAGUGCUGCCGCAGGGGGCGGAGAGCACCCUCUUCAAGGACUUCUUUGAGAACUGGCUGGACAAGGACGAGACUACGGGGCCGGGUCAGGCUUACACUGUGGGCAGCAUCGCCGUCGUCAAGCAGAUCCCGUUCGACGCCGCCACUCUCCACAGCAACGCCGCCAUGGCCGCGCAGCACGGGAUGGUGGAUGACGGUUCAGGGAAAGUGCAGAUUUGGCGCGUGGAGGGCGGCGAACGCGUCCCCGUGGACACGGACACCUACGGACAGUUUUUUGGCGGGGACUGCUAUGUGCUGCUCUACUCUUACAACAGUGGCAGCGGGGAGAAGCACAUCAUCUACAUGUGGCAAGGGAACAAGUGCUCCAAAGAUGAGCUGGGAGCUUCCGCCAUUUUGGCCGUGGCUUUGGACGACUCCAUGGGAGGCGUGGCUACUCAGGUGCGUGUCACUCAGGGGCAAGAACCGCCCCACCUGCUAAGCCUGUUUGGAGGCAAACCCCUGGUGGUCCACCACGGCGGGACGUCCCGCAAGGAGGGCGCCAAAGAGCCGGCCCCCGAGACCCGCCUCUACCACAUCCGCCAGAGCUCCACAAUGGCCACCCGCGCCAUCGAGGUGGAGGCUGACGCGGCUUCUCUCAACUCCAAUGACGCGUUCGUGCUCAAGACCCCCAAAGGCCUGGUGGUGUGGAAGGGGCGCGGGGCCACGCCGGAAGAAAUGGCCGCCGCCAAGCACGUGGUGGCCAUCCUGGGCGGCAGCACCCACACCGAGGUGGCGGAGACCAAGGAACAAGAGAGCUUUUGGAAGGCGCUGGGCGGACGGAAGAAGUACCAGACCUCGGAGGUCCUGAGGAACGCCAAAGUGUGGCAACCCAAACUCUUCGGAUGCUCCAACGCCAGCGGGCGCUUGAUCGCGGAGCCGGUUCCUGGAGAAUUGGAUCAGCUGGACCUGGAGACUGAUGAUGUCAUGAUUCUGGACACUUGCCUCCAUAUCUACAUUUGGAUCGGGAAAGACGCCAACCAGACGGAGAAAAACGGAGCGGAGCGCAUCGCCGAGGAAUAUUUGAAGUCAGACCCUUCCGGCCGCCACGGCAUCCCCAUCACCACCAUCAAACAGGGCCAGGAGCCGCUCUGCUUCACCGGAUGGUUCCAGGCCUGGGACGACGCCUUGUGGGAGAAAGACCUCAUGAGCAUGGUCUGCGCACGCUAA